CUUCUUACUCUUCCAUCGUUUAAAACGCGAUCAAUGGACAAUCGGAACACGAACAAACGUGUUCUAAACGGAUUCUUUGAAGAAGAAGAAAAAGAAGAAGGUUUGUCUUCGUUUCUGUCUAAUGCUCCUCCACGAAAAGUGGCCAUUUCCACACGAUCCAUUCGAUUUCCAGUCCUCGAUCAAAGUGCACGUGAGAAGAUUUUUCGCCGAACCACCGUUUAAUAUAUAUCAACCGAAGAAUUUCCACCGUCUCGCUCUUUCUUCACCAUUUUUUUUCUCGCGGCACGAAGGAUCGCGUGGCGUUUGUUGGUAAAAAUAACUCGGUCACCCGUUUUGCAGAACAUCGGAUCGGAUUCGUUUUUAAAAUUCUUUUUUUAACAUUUCCAUCACAACCAAAUUCCCCAAUUCCUCGCGAUUCCCCCUUCCCUAUACAUUCCAAUCCUUCCGAAUACGACGACACUGUACUAUAAUAUGUCCACGCUCACGUGACACGACCAUGUCACACGAUCACGACGAAUAAACACGCGCGUUCGAAUUUGCCGAACCAAUUACGAUCCUGUUUUCAAGCUAACCAAACCCGUCCCCUCUUUUUCUUCCUUCUUUUCUCCUUCGAUAACCAAAUCAUCCGUUUCACUCAUACUCGAAUAUACGAAUAUACGUAUCUCUCCGAUAUAAUCGUAUCUAUAUUUUCGAUUCGAUGGAGAAGGGAGGAAAGGAAGGAAGGAAGGAAUCGUUCAACCCGAUUUUCUCUUCUUCCUCGAGAAAAGGGGGGGGGAAGAGGGUGAGGAGAAGGUGUCGCGUGGAAAAUCGAAAAUCUUGGCGGGAGAUUCGACGAUCGCUACGAGGAGAGAGAGGAGAAGGAGUGGGGUGAGGGGAGAUCCACCGAGAAACGGUAACAGCGGCUCGACUCGACUCGACUCGACUCGACUCGGGCGGAAGGAGGGGGAGAGGGCGGAGUAGGAGAGAAGAGGCGAGGGUGGGAAAGACGGAGAGAGAUAGAGAGCGCGCGCGCGUCUCGCGAAAAGAGGAGGAGGAGGAGGAGGAAAGCGGUGGAAAGGAGAUACGGGGAGGAAAGCGGCGAGAGGGUAGUUGGGCCGGCCGGCCAGUCGUGCUGUGGCGGCAACCGCGGACGCGUAGUCCGCUUCUCGCGCUCUCAUCCCCCUCCCGCCCGACGUCAUGUUGCCAAACAACCCCCGUCGAGCAUCAUCCCCUUCCGACACGACUAUCCGGACGAGUUAGUCAGUUUCAACUACGGGGGGAGUGGAGUGGAGAUCUCGGCUCUCGGACACUGGAUCACCCUCCGCGAUCCUAAUAUCAGCUGGUAUACACAUACACACAUAUAUAUAUAUACAUUAGUGUAAUCGAGUCAGUGGGAUCGUCCCGCUUCCUUCCUCCCCCCCUCCUCGUUUCUUCUUCGUUCGGUCCAGGAUCGAGAGUGCGGUGCGUAAAAACAAACAAAGCCUUGUUGUGUUGAUUUGACCGAUCUUUCGCUGCGCGUAUCGUCGGUACACGUGCGAGGCGAAUCGAUCACGGGGGGAGGGGAGCACAAGUGCGAGUGAUUCUCAGGCGAGAAGGAUCGACGUCGUGGAUCCUCCUCAGGAACACAUAUAUAUAUAUAUAGGAUCAUUCGAAUGGUGGCUGGGCCGAGCGAGGGGGGACGUAGCGACGACGCGCUCUCCCUGCGAGCACCUUGGGCGGGAAGAGAAGAGGGGAAGAGGGGAGAUGACGCUCGACGCGGGAAGAGGAAGCACGACGCCGCCCGGUGAAACGAACGACGGACGGACAACCCUCGAGGGAAACGAGUUGGCCGACACCGUCAGAUAACUUUCGAUCUUCCCCUUCUCGCUCCCUCUCUCCCCUUCCCCUUCCCUUUCUCCGAAAAACAGAACAUAAAAAAAGAUUCUCCUCGAAGAAGAAGAAGAGAGAUUCUUUCCUCCAAGUCCAUAGAGAGAGAGGAAGAAAUCGAAUGAGAUGGAUAAAUAGAGACGGGGAGAAGUGGAAAGGAAAGAUGAGCCAGCGGCCCCUCGCCCGGAUGUUGGCGCUGCUCGUGUCCCUUCACCGGCUCUCCAUAUAUUCCGGGGGCAGCGAUUGGAGGGUGGCUGGUAGGAGCGAGUCGGUGGUGAUCCCGGGGGACAUUGUGCUGGGCGGUUUGUUCCCCGUCCACGAGAAGGGGGGCGCCUCGUGCGGGCCGAACGUGUACAACCGGGGGGUGCAGCGGCUCGAGGCUAUGCUGUUCGCCGUCGACCAGAUAAACAGGGACGAGGAUAUAUUACCCGGGAUCACUAUAGGGGUGCACAUUUUGGACACGUGCGGACGGGACACGUACGCCCUUAACCAGAGCCUGCACUUCGUGAGGGCGUCGUUGUCGAACUUGGACAUGAGCGUGCUCGAGUGCGCGGACAGAUCGGCGCCAAGGGUCAAGAAGACGGCGAGCGCCGGACCGAUAUUCGGCGUGAUAGGGGGCUCUUACAGUUCCGUGUCGUUGCAGGUUGCGAAUCUGCUCAGACUGUUCCACAUACCCCAGAUCUCGCCCGCAUCCACAGCCAAGGCGCUCAGCGACAAGACCAGGUUCGACUAUUUCGCGAGGACGGUUCCACCGGACACGUUCCAAUCGAUCGCGUUGGUGGACGUGGUGAAGAGCGCCAACUGGUCCUACGUCUCGACCGUCUACUCGGAGGGCAGUUACGGUGAAUACGGGAUCGAGGUGUUCACGAGGGAGGCGACCGAGCGGAACGUGUGCAUAGCGGCCGCUGUCAAAGUGCCGAGCGCGGCCGACGAUCGCAUGUUCGACGACAUAAUCCAAAGAUUGAGCAAGAAGGCGAACGCACGGGCCGUGGUGCUGUUCACGCGUGCCGAGGACGCGAGGGGGAUCCUCGAGGCUGCGAGGAGGUCGAACCUGAGCCAGCCGUUCCAAUGGUUGGCCAGCGACGGUUGGGGCAGGCAGAUCAAGCUGGUCGAGGGCCUCGAGGAGGAGGCCGAGGGCGCCAUCACGGUCGAGCUCCAAUCCGAGAAUAUUCCCGGCUUCGACGACUACAUGGCCUCCCUGACCCCCGACACCAAUCGUCGAAACCCGUGGUUCAGCGAGUAUUGGGAGGAGGUGUUCGACUGCCUCCUCAAAAAGGAACGGAACGGGCCAACCCAAACCACCCUGAACGCCACAACGCUCUUCUGCCCCCCCAACCUCAGAUUAACCUCCGAAAGGGGUUACGAGCAAGAGUCCAAAGUCCAAUUCGUGGUGGACGCGGUGUACGCGUUCGCGUUGGCCCUCCACAACCUCCAGAAGGACGUGUGUUCCAAACUCAAGGGUCUCUGCCCCUCCAUGGCCAACUACGACCGUGGCGUCUUCUACAGGAAUUACCUCCUCAACGUCUCCUUCAUAGACGCGGCGGGAAGCGAGGUGAAGUUCGACGAGCACGGAGACGGAUUGGCGCGAUACGAGAUUCUCAACUUUCGAAAAUCGGAACACAACGGCACCAACGGUUAUCAGUAUCAGGUGGUGGGGAAAUGGUUCAACUCGCUGGACAUCCGCACCGAGGAGCUGAUCUGGGCACGAGGUACCAAGGAUAUACCGAUCUCCGCGUGCUCCCUACCUUGCGAGCCAGGUAUGAUAAAGAAGCAACAGGGUGACACUUGUUGCUGGGUGUGCGACCAGUGCGAGGAGUACGAGUACGUGCACGACGAGUACACCUGCAUGGACUGCGGGCCUGGAAAAUGGCCGCACGAGGACAAGAGAGGUUGCUACCAGUUGGCGAUCAAUCACAUCAGGUGGAACAGCGCGUUCGCGAUCGCCCCUGCUGUGAUCUCGUGCCUGGGUAUCGUGGCAACUAUGGCGGUCGCGUGCCUCCUGUUCCACCACAGGGACACACCUGUGGUGAGGGCGUCCGGCCGCGAGCUGACCAUCAUCCUGCUGGCGGGGGUACUCGUCUGCUAUUUGAACACGUUCCUCCUCUUGGCCACGCCCACCACCGUCACCUGCAUACUGCAAAGGUUCGGUGUUGGUGUGAGCUUCAGCGCCGUGUACGGGGCGCUGCUGACCAAGACGAACAGGAUCGCGAGGAUUUUCGACUCGGCGUCGAGAACCGCGGUCAGACCUAGGUACAUCAGUCCCGCGUCCCAAGUGUGCAUCGCGGCAGCUCUCAUCGCAUUACAGAUCGUGCUGACGCUGGUGUGGAUGAUCAUCGAGCCGCCGGGCACGAGAUUCUUCUAUCCGGAUCGUAAGCAAGUGAUUCUCAAAUGCAACAUUCAGGAUAUGAGCUUCCUUUUCUCCCAGUUGUACAACGCGUUGCUGAUCCUGAUCUCGACCGUGUACGCGGUGAAGACGCGGAAAAUACCGGAGAACUUCAACGAGAGCAAGUUCAUCGGCUUCACCAUGUACACAACCUGCAUCAUAUGGCUGGCGUUCGUCCCGAUAUACUUUGGUACCGGGAACGCGCACGAGACACAGAUCACCACUCUCUGCGUUGCCAUCAGCCUGAGCGCGACCGUCACACUCGUUUGCCUUUAUUCCCCCAAGAUAUACAUCAUCCUCUUCCAACCGGACAAAAAUAUCCGGAGGAAGGUCACCAUGGGAGACAAAUCGAAAAAACAGGGAAGCAGCGCCGGCACCUCUUCCAUCACCAAAUAUACGGGAUGCGAGCUGACCAGCGAGAGCAUGCCGCUUCAAAGCGCGCUCACGGCAGCGGUGCAAACGUCGGUAGGAGUGACGGAGAUCUCCUUGGCAUCGAACGCAUCGAGCAAAACUAAUAACGAGCAAGUGGCGCAGCUGUAGGGAAGCUACAAUUCUUACUCGAGGGAGAGGGGGGCGUCCUGGCGGUUGGCCAACUUCUCUCGCCCCCUCUGGACUUCCGAACGAAGGAGCGCAGUGAAUAGUGCGAAUCCGUGUUAAUAAAAAGCGGCGGGAUAGCAGUGGCGAGCUUAGAGAAACGUGUUGCGCGGCAAAAAGGAGCGACGGUAAAAAUCUGUGGCUUAAUCCGAGGCCACUUCCGAUUUUUCCUUCUUUGUGCGCGCCGCUUGUUCCUACGAUACGCUGGUUCCUCGAUGUGGGGUAAGCUCAACUUCCUUCCUUCCACGGUAGAAUCGUGUCUUUCGAUUCGACGGAUGAAAGAAGGAAAAGGAUAAACAUAUACGCAAUGUGUAUAUAUAUACUUGUAGAUUUCUCUCUCGUUUUAUUACGUAUCGCGCAGGUGCGAUGUGCGAUUAAAAGAGUGGUGCGUGGACUUCUUAAGUUAAGCGAACUAUUUAAAUUAAAAAAAUCCGCGUUGCCUAUUAUUCGAUUACACGACACUCGGAUCGUAUCUGUGCCGUCGUAAACUGUCGUCUUCGCUCGUUCAUUAUAUAUAUAUAUCGAGAUCACUCGAUCGUAAUUGAGAUCGCUGUUGUUAUUGUUACUGUUACGUUACAAACGGUUAUCCUCGUGAAUAAUAUAUGAACACGGAUAUUUAUAUAUAUAUAUAUACGCCUAUGUUAUUAGGUACCGUGGUAACACGAACGUAACCUGGUGGCACGAGUUUGAACUUAUAUAUAAGUUCUCUAUGCAUAAGUGUGUGUGUGUGUGUGUGUAGAUACUUGCCGGUUUUAACGAACGAUUGACAUACAAUGUAAAUUAUUAUUAUUAUUAUGAAACGAUGCUCGUUUGAAAUUUUAUAUUUUAUUAAAUGCGUCUAAUAAUAUCUGCUUUCUGAUAUCUCUCCGUUGAGUAAUUUAAUUAAUUAAAUGCUUCGAAUUGUUAACUCGUCAGAAUAUCAAGACUAAUAAUUAAAAAAAUAAUUAUAAAAAAAAUUUUGAAUAUUCCUCGUGCCAUGUUCAAUAUUAUGUCAUUGUAUUUUUUCAUGCAAAUUAUAAUUAUAAACGGGUAUACUUAUGGACGAGAGAAUACGUGUUCAAACGAAUCGUAAAUUGAUGAAACGGACAUAAGAUAAUGUAAAUCCACGAGAAAAAUUCGACUCGUUGCUCGAGCUAAUCUGUGACCGGCAAAUGUACUUUACAAUGUUUGUAUCGUUUAUUGGUUUAACGAGCCGACUAAUUGGCACGAUCGAACCGGCGUGUUCACCCGCGUGUCGAUGAUUAAACUCGAUUACGAUUAAUAAUGACGCGACCGAAUGGAGUUUUCUCUUUCGGUAUUUGGUUCGAAACUGUGCUACUAAAUCGUUGGAAUGCAUGCACGGUGUGCAUUCGCGCGUAAGGGAUAAGCUCGUGCCAGAAAUUAUUCUGUCGGAAAUGGUUCGCUCGCGCAUAUGUAAUUAGCUUGUUUCGAGUGAUCGACGUUCAUUGUCCACUUCUCCCACGUAGAUCGUUGACGAACUAUACAUAUAUAUAUAUAUUUAUAUAUAUAUAUAUAUAUAUAUAAAGAAAAAAAAAAGAAAAAGGAGAAAAAUAUUUACAUUCCGCGACAUGUAUAUAUAUUAUAUACAUAUUAUUAAAAAAAAAUAGGAUACUUAACACACACGUACUUAUACAUAUACACAGAGUUAUUAUCGCUGCGCGAGAUCUCGUGUGUUCCUUCCUCGGGACGCGUAAUAAUUGCGUGAAUUUCUUAUUAAUUUUAUUCGCGAUGCUCUGUCGAUAUCCAAGUUGCAUCUUACUUCGAAGAAGUCGAAAGAAGUCGUUAUAAUCGGGGACCGAAAUUAAAUUUUCAUUCGAAUUAUACAUACUUCUUCGAUAUUUUUUAUUCCCUUAGAUGUAACAUUAUCACGAUAUCUCUAACGAGUUGAGCGGUUUAUAAAGGUUUAUUUAUGUUGUUUCUAACUAUCGGUAAAGUGGUGGAUCGCGUAUAACGGAAUUACCAACAGUCAAUAAAAAGGAUCGUAAAAGAAGUGCAAUUCCAUAGUUCGCCGUGCGAAACUUUUAGAACAAUAACUGGAGCACAGGAAGAAUGUAAGGGAGGAGAAAGGAGUCGGAGAGAGAAGUGACAAUGACAGGGGAAAAAUGAAUGGCGGAAAAUUUUGAAACUAGGCCGACUACGUGACGGCGUAAAUUCAAUAUAUAUAUAUAUAUACUCGCAUACACGCACACACGUAUACACACUUCUUUCAUGAACAGUAGACAAUAAAUAAAUCGCUUUAAGGCGAACCUUUAACCUGGCUCGACCAAUAUCGGAAUUUACACUCGAUUAAAAAACAACAUCUUGAUUUCGUUAUUCCAAGAUGGUUAGUCGUUACGAAAGCGCGAAAGUAAGAACACGAAAGAGUGUGAUUUAAAACGACCUCGUGCGCGACCUUGAAAAUUAUAAUUCGCUUAAACUGCAAAGAUUGGACUUAUAGUUAAGAAAAAUCGAGAUAGAAAAAAAAUUAACUUGUUACACGAACUAUUCAUACAUGAAAUUGUAAUCUUCGAUAAAUUGUAACACGCGAAUGAUUCAAAUGUUACGAAACGGAAAAUUCGUUAUUAAAUGAAGAAAGAUGGGGGAAUAAAAUUAUACUUUGACGUGAAACGUGAAGCAUCGUACAAAAAGAUAACUUUGUAUCUUUUAUUAUUAUAACAUCGAGCAUUGAAAUAGAUUUUCCCCGUCAAAUGGAA